AGUUAUGCACGUGACAUGAUAUAAACAGAAAUUGCGAAGAGAAAAAAAUGGUGCCAAGAAAAAAAGAAGAAGAUAAAAUCGGAAACGGAGUAACAGCAUAUUAGCGUCGUCACCGCUCCUCCAAAUCCCAUCGGAAAACUGCGUCUGAAUCUCACUUGGCUUCUAAUACACUUCACUGUCUCAAUCCUUUCACCAACACAAUUCAAAAUCCCACACCCAUUACUGCUCCUUGAUCGUCACCUUCCACCCUCCAAUUCCCAUUUCCCCCCCAAAUCAUUCCCCUUUUUCAACUCAUAAAAUUCAAAACCCCUCUCCGCGAUCCGUAUACCAAUAACCAAUUCAUGCUCGCCCUAAUUCUCUCAAAACCUCAACGUCCCACGCAAUUCAUUCAAUCCGAUAAUUAGAUGGUGGAGACGCUAACCCCCACAUCCAGCCCGCCGUGCUUCUGGCGGAGGUCGGCGGCCAACCAUCACCACCACCACCGCCGUUGGAUCCCAGCCGCCUUCGUCUUCUUCCUGUCCACCCACAAGACCUUCCUCACUGCCCUCUGUCUCGCCUUCUUCAUCACCGUCGGGUACUGGCAGCGAGACGCCGCCGCCGGUGGGUUCUCGAUCUUCCGGCGGGCUUUUCCGCUGCGGCAGCUUCCCAAGCUACGACCGGUGGCGUUUAACUUGACCGACUUUGGAGGGGUGGGCGAUGGGGUGACUCUGAACACGGUGGCUUUUGAGAAGGCGGUGAUGGCGAUUUCCAAGCUCGGGAAAAAGGGCGGCGGUCAGCUGAAUGUGCCGCCGGGAAAUUGGCUGACGGCUCCGUUUAAUCUGACUAGUCAUAUGACUCUGUUCCUUGCUGAGGGUGCUGUUAUACUCGGCAUUGAUGACGAAAAGUAUUGGCCUCUUAUGCCUCCAUUGCCUUCUUAUGGAUAUGGCAGAGAGCAUCCUGGACCAAGAUAUGGAAGUCUAAUCCAUGGCCAGCACCUUAAAGAUGUUACAAUCACAGGGCAUAAUGGCACCAUCAAUGGCCAGGGUCAAGCAUGGUGGAAAAAGUAUCGACAGAAGCUUCUAAAUCACACGAGGGGACCACUUGUGCAGAUUAUGUGGUCGAGCAACAUUUUGAUAUCUAACAUAACAUUACGUGACUCUCCUUUCUGGACCCUUCAUCCAUAUGACUGCAAGAAUGUGACGAUAAAGAAUUUAACCAUCCUUGCACCAGUUUUUCAAGCUCCAAAUACUGAUGGCAUAGAUCCUGAUUCAUGUGAAGAUAUGGUGAUUGAGGACUGUUACAUAAGCGUUGGAGAUGAUGCUAUCGCCAUAAAGAGUGGAUGGGAUCAGUAUGGAGUUGAUUACGGACGACCAUCAAAGAAUAUACUCAUCAAGAACCUUGUUGUUCGCUCUAAUGUCAGUGCGGGAAUAUCUAUAGGCAGUGAGAUGUCGGGUGGCGUAUCAAAUAUCACCAUAGAGAACAUCCACAUAUGGAAAUCAAGGCGAGCUGUCCGCAUCAAGACAGCCGCUGGAAGAGGAGGGUACGUUCGGGGCAUAACUUAUCGGAACCUGACAUUUGAUACUGUCCGAGUAGGGAUCGUGAUAAAGACGGACUACAACGAGCAUCCGGACAUGGGAUACGACCCCACGGCUUUCCCAGUACUAGAGGACAUAAGUUACACCUCGAUACACGGUGAAGCUGUCCGCGUCCCGGUCCGUAUCCAAGGGAGUGCGGAGAUCCCUGUGAAGAACGUCACCUUCCGGGACAUGUCAGUUGGACUUGCCAACAAGAAGAAACACAUAUUCCAGUGCGCUUACAUUCAAGGCCGCGUCAUAGGGACCAUUUUUCCAGCUCCCUGCGAUAACCUCGAUUUGUACGAUGAGGCGGGCAAUUUGGUCAGGCGAUCGACCUCCCAGAAUAGCUCCGAUAUAGAUUAUGAUAUUUGAACCGGUUCCAGCCAUUUUCUUUGUCGUGGGGCCCCAUUUCCCCGACCGGUGUCGUUUCCUAGAAUGUCGAGAGCAGUUGGAAGACAAGGGUGAAGGGACAGUGUGCUAAGUAUGAUCGGUUAGUAGCUUCUUCCCCUUUAGGCUGUUGUUUUUGAGGCGUUGAUCAUACUGAUGUUUUUAUGUAUCCAAAUCUUGUAUAUACCAUAGUUUUCGGCAUAUACAUUCACAGCAUAUAAUACACGAAGUUAUCUUUUCUCAUA